ACGAAAUUCAGGACGUUUGGUGUCAAAGAAGCAACGCUUCUUCAAAACCUGGCAACCAAAUGCUGCUGAAAACGCUGGAACAGAAGACGCUGCACAAUCACGCAAGUUGCUCAAAUCACUUUGGCAUCGGGACAUAUCAGCAGCCAAACUGAUCAUGUACAAAGGUCUUUGCACGCUGCUUGACAUUCCGAUACAUCCAGCAUUGCUGCGACGACCAGAUGACGACGGCGUUCCACUCAAUCCAUAAAUCAAAAUUCAGCGUUUAGCAUUAAAGUUUUUUUUUAACAAAUAUUUUCUAAUAGUUUAUUAGAGUUCUCAAGCCUUGCACUUAGUGGGCUAUUUUAAGGUUUAUAAGGUGUCUAACUUUAUUUACCGCAGUACAAGAGUGGUUUUAUAGACGUUAUUUGAUGAUCAGAAUGAGUCGUGUUCAUUUUCCGGUUUGACAAUGUCGCCGCAUUCUUUGGAUAUGACUUGUUCAAUGCAUCAUAUCACGGUUAUGUACACUGUGUUGAUAAUGAAAUCCUGCUCAAGGCGGACGGAAUAAAUUCAAUUAUUUUAGCAAACAUACUUCCUUUUUUGACAAUAUAAAAUGUAUGAUAAUAUGCUUUCCUUCAUUAUUGAAUUGGAAAAAUAUGCAUUCUUUUUAAUACUUCAAGUUGCCGUGAACAACAGUUGCCGUACUUCCCUUUUAGUCGGACAGAAUCGACAGAAAACAUACUUCUCCUUAUUGAUACGAAACUUAAUAAACGUGUAUUCUUCAACGUCUCUCCAAUAGAACUAAUAAAGUGGAAUACUAUUCAUUUGUAACGUGUGACGUUGCUAUGCACCGUUUAUUUUAAUUUUCUUAUCGUAUUUGAGUACAGUUGUUUUAUUUAAACGAAACAAUUUUAUGCUCAUUACAAAUUUUGAUUUGACACUUUGACUAACCGAAUCUGGUAAGCGAAUUUGAUUGAAUGGAUUUUUUUACCGUCUAGCGAACUCUGAACACAACUUCUACGUGCAUCCACGGCUAGCAGUCAAUAUUUUUUUCCUUCAAUCAUGUAAUUUUACAUAUAGUUUAUGAAAAAUAGGCCUGAACUCAAACACAAUUUUUUAUUUUCUUUUGAAGUAAUGUUUCAAGUGAGAUAAAAUGAUGAAAUAACGUAUGUUUUUUGAUUACGUAUUUUGUACAUGUGUUGAUAUAUUGACACAUUUCUGACAAACGUUCAAUGAAUUUGGUUUUUGAUACUAAUCACAUCAAACACAAUUGUUUUAAGAAUAAUCAAUGAGAUAAUGCCAAAAAUCACGUUUUUCAUCCAUUCCAUGUUCGAUGAUAAAUCGUCCAAUCUUCCAUUCAACAAGCCUUCGAUGUCGUCUUUCAACUGUCCAUAAUCGCCACUAUUUGUUUUCAAGUCACCAUGGUUGAAAAUUCGUUUGGCCACACGAUCCAGUUUGGACUCCCAACGGGCCAGUCUUCCGCCGAUUGCAUUGAUCGCCUUCUCGUUACUUAUAUGUUGCAUCUUCGCGGUUUCGUUGAUUUGACGUAUCAUUUGACCCAUUUUCUGGCUAUUGAUAUUUAUUUCUUGGAGUUUACCUUCGGUAAGAAGAACGGUUUUCUGCAAACGAUCGAGAUUUUGUUCGAAGGUCGACAAUUUUUCUUCCGAGGACAAGAAUUCAGCCAAAACAUCAAAUUCGUGCGACAUGUGUUGCAUUUUUGUCAGCUCCAAUUGAAGUUCAAGCAUUUUCUGAUUUGCUGUAUCGUGCAUGGUGGUGAAUUGGUUGCGAAGUUUUACCAAAUGUCGGUUCAAACCAUCGUUUUUGUCACUUGUUUCAGUAGAAUUCACGGUGAUCACUUUGGGGCUAUCGAUGCUUACGAGUGAUUUACACAUGGGACCCGUUGAGUAUGGCGUCGAUUGAUUUGAAAUCAAAGCCGAUGAUUUCAAUGCCGGUUGAGAAUUUUUUUCCAACAUGGACGACGCAGCAGCAGUGACUUUCUUUAUAGGCGCCUCUUUUUCCUUUGAAACAACUUUUUCACCCGGAUUCAAACCUUUCACAACGUCAAAUGUUUUCUUUGCAUGGCCGGAAUUGGCUUGACACUGUUUUUUCAUCCAGUGCAUGAAGAGCAGCGGAUCUUUAUCCAGUUUUUCAUAUUGUUUUAACAAGUCACGCGGCUGGAAAAUCAUAUCGAAUUAAAAUUUUGUUAUUAAUCAUAUAAAGUAGUCCAGAAAAUUCGUUUUGUCGAUUUAUUGCAAACUUCAUUCACACCUACCUUUCUGAUACCAACAGCAUCUAGUCGCUUGGCAUAUUUUACACCGAUGCCAGGAAUGGCGGUUAUGCCAGCGGUGAUCACAUUUUUCGAAACCAAUUUUUCCAUUAUAUUCAAUUUGCUUUAUUCAACUUGCUUCUAAACGCUGUCUAACCACAAACUGAUUGUUCCCACGACUUCAAACAACUACUUUGCUCUAAUAUAAACAAAAAUCGCUUUUGUUUAUUUAUUUAACUGCAACAAUUGAUUACUUAGUCGCAUGUCGUUCAAAGAGAUAUUUUUGAACAUCGCGAACAUUUUUGGCGGUUAUAUUUUGAAAACUGAACUCAAAAAGUGGUAAAUUGAGAAAAAAUCCUUUAAAAUUGGAUAAAAUAACCAAGAUCUUGAACACUUUUGUUCAUAUAAAGUUCAUAGCUUAAAUGCAUUCACCCGUUUCGAAUGAUUCCCGCUUCAGCUGAACGAAAACUCAACGAAACGCUAGCAUUGAAGCGACACCAGUGCCUCUGGUGCUGGGUAUCGAUCUGUCAAAAAGCGAUUCUGUUGACAUUUCGCUUUAUUCAACCGUCCGUCGUAUGAGUACAACAAGAAAAAGAGAAAAAAGAAGAACACGAAAUAUUUGUAGGAGCAAUUAAAAAAAAUAUAUAUAUCCAACAGAUCAAAUGUUUUAUAGCAAACAACAAACUAAACGCAACAUUUUGUUCGUAAAAAUGACACGGAAUAUUAGUGCUAGUGACUAAUUCAAUAAUCAAAUGUAAUACGUUUCGUAAUUGGUUGAAAAAAUAAUUGAUAAAAUCUCCAAAUCGCCCCGUUCCAAAUUAAAUAAAAAUAAACAAUACAAAUAAAUCUGUUUAAUGAAUAUGGUGAUUACGUUUUCAUGAAAAUAACUUGCAUUAAGGUUAUGUUUAUCAUUAAAUAAAUGGCAUCCAGUGGAUUUAAUUGCGAACACGAAUAUUCAUUUCAAUAGAUUGUAUGUGCCUCGGUUCCAUGUUAUUUUCGAUAAAAUAAUUUUUUGUGUUUGGUGCUAAAAUAGAAAUAUCUCUAUCAAUUUGAAUCGCUGGCCGAUCCGCAUGUAGUCGUUGUGGAAUAUCAAAAAGCCUAGAUUUAAAAAAAAAUAAACAGUCAUUUAAACUCGAAUACAAAUUGAUUUGGUGGAAUGUACUCUACAAUCGUCGGAAUAAUGUCUGAUUCUGCAUGCAAAGGAAAAAAUAACUUUACUAGCUAUUUGGACUCGGAGACACUCACCGAGCACGAUGUACUACAGGAGAGUCUCAAGCCCAAACUUUUGACAGGUGAACUGGAAGUGGCAAGUGCGAAGAACGUUAUUCUCUACACCACUCUAUCGAAUAAGAGUAAAGAUCGAGAGAAUGGCCUAUGUGGCUUGCUGGUUGUUACAAAUUUCAAACUGUCAUUUUUAACCACUGAUAAUGAACAGAAUAUUACGUAUCAAGAGAACUUUUUCCUCCAACGGAAUGAUGUCACACUCCAAAACAUUGACCGAAUUUAUCAAAUAGUCGACCGGAAGAAGCGAUUAAUCAAUCCCUAUUCGAAAAUUAACCCGAAACUAGAAGGUUUAUACAUUGUGUGCAAGAAUUUCCGAGCGCUAAGAUUUGGAUUUAAACGAUCAGAAGUGGGGCAGGGCAAACGGAUCGCUGAGGCUCUAACAAAAUUUGCCUUUCCAAAUCAACAUGAUCUACUCUUUACCUACAAAUAUGAUGAAAAAUACUACAAUACACUGCGGAAUAUUUCAUUGUACAAUAAGAAAAUCGACUGGAGCUACGAGUUAAGUCGAUGCGGUGCAAGUAAUUGGCAUGUAUUAUCAAUGGAUCAUGAAGACACAAUACCCAGUGGUUCGUUGCCCAUGCACAUCGUUAUCCCGAGAAGCCUUACAGAGAGUGAAUACAUCAAAAUAGCGAACUCAUUUCGAAAUGGACGUGCCGCAGUUUGGGUGUACAGCCUCGGCAAUGUGUCACUAGUGCGAUUGGCUGAAUUAAUGCCCACGAUUACUGACACACGACAGGAGAAUCGAAUACUGGAAAUUAUACGAAAGUGUGAUCCAUUGAAGCCAGAGCCACACAUCAUGGAAUUGAGCAAAUGUCUACCGAGCAAUCAAGACGUUCAAACCAGCUACACUAAAUUGCGCGAAUUAUUCACGCCCGAAUCGACGCGUCAGUUUAUGACACAGGACGUUCGAUUCUACACACUGUUGGACAAAACGUACUGGAUACUUUAUGUUUCGUUGUGCCUCAAAUACGCAAAUGAAGCUGCGACCAAAAUGAGAGAGGGACAAACGGUUGUUCUUCAGGAAAAUGACGCUCGUGACAUGUGUUGUGUGAUUUCGAGUCUGACGCAACUUUUAUUGGACCCAUAUUUCCGAACGAUUUCUGGCUUUGAGUCACUCAUUCAAAAGGACUGGGUAGCACUUGGUCAUCCAUUCAGCGAUCGUUUGGGUCAUGUCAUCAACAGCGAUACAAGCGAACAGAGUCCCUUGUUGUUACUCUUUUUGGAUUGUACAUGGCAGCUCUUGCAACAAUUCCCCGACGAAUUUGAAUUUUCGGAAACAUUUUUAACAACACUGUGGGAUUCCGCAUUUUUGCCCCUAUUUGAUACAUUCCUAUUCAAUUCUGAGCAUGAUCGUCAAGUUGCCUUGAGAAAGAAUCGAUUGGUGUUGCGCCCGGUGUGGGACUGGGGUGAACAGUUUUCGGACAAAGAUUUGGCACUGUUCUCAAACCCAUUAUACAAAAAACCACCCGAACAACAGAACAACGCACGAAAAUCGUUGGCUAUGGUGUUGCCAUCAUCAGCUGUUCCGCUGCCUGGACUGCAUCGACCCAACAAUGCUCGAUUCUCGAUGAACGUAGCAUCUUUGUCAUCACCAGCACACGUGAUGAAAUCAACACCUGAAAUUCGUUAUCUGAAACCAAAUACGGCCGUUCGUGAUUUGGACAUUUGGAUGCAAUGCUACUAUCGAUGGUUGCCGGUGCUUGAAAUAAAAAAUGGUGGUAAUUCGCAAAUCGAUCUCUUCAAUCGCAUGAUUUUGAAUCGAAUUUCAAAGCUGCAACAAGACUUGCAAACGCGAACAUUCGACGAACCGAAUGCAAGAAAACAAUCAACAACUGCAACCAAAGCCGAUGACAAUUUGCUCCACACAAUGCCGAUGAUCAGUUCAUUUUUCCCAUUUACACCGAAUACAACCAACACCAAUGAACUGACUGACAUUCUCGCUACGAGCAGCGAACUGCUCACUGAGGGCUCUAUUUUUGAUGGUUUAUCUGUGCAACAAGGAGAAUAAUAGCUCGACUCGUUUAAUUUAUUAUCGUAGGAAAUGUAGACGUUAAACAACAACAACAACAAAAAUGCUUCGAACGAUAAAACAAAAAAGCAUUUUACCUGACAGAACAAAAAAGAGAGAAAAAAAAACAAAUAUUGCAAAAGCAUUAGUUGAAUUGGACGAAAAAAUUUCGCAUGUAGUGGAACACAGUGCAGCUUGUAUAGUUAGCAAAUUUGCUCUACAAAAUACUGAUUAGAAAAAGAAAAGAGACACACAUACACGUCCGCUUAUUAAGUGCAUAACGAACGAGAUAUUUGAUGAAAUUAUUAUUAUUGAACGAGAUCAAUGACUCGCAAAACGGGAUAUUUCACUGAGUUUUUACAGUUGAGUAUCCGAAUUUGUUUUCCAUGAUGAAAUCCCCCUUUGUUUUCCUCAUUUGCAAAUGGUAUAUAGAUUUAUAUAUUUUCUAUAUGACUUAGGACAUUUAAAAUAUGCAACAAAAUUGAAAUUAAAUUUUGGAAACAUUUUUUUUUUUAAUAAUUUAAGUGAGAAAAUAAUUGCUGAAUAUAGAGACGAAUCGAAGAUGAAAAGAGAGAAAAACACAUUGUGUCUCUAAAAACGAAAGGAGUGAGAGGGGGAGAAAUUCGAAAUAGCAAAUGUUACGUUUUGAUCAAAAUAUAAAAUUAUUACUUUGAACAUAUUUUAUGUUGUGUUAUUUCAAAUUGAUAAUUGAUGAAUAAAUCUGAAAAAGAAAAUGAAGUAAAGUCUAAAGAAAA